CAUUUCUCUUUUUUCUUUUUUUCACCCUAUACUUUGAGAUUAAUUUCCCAAAAUAAUUGAAGAGUUUCCGUUAUUGAUAUAAAAUAUGAGUUAUUUGUUUGUCAUUUGAUUACAAUUAAAAUGUAACUUGGUAUUUAUUGGUAAUUUGUUUGUUUUGAAUCUAUUUUUCAGUUGAUUUAUAUCCAAAGAUCAAGGAAAUCCACUGUUAAGAAGCCUCGGGCAUGGAUGAAGUUGCCAGAGCUGAGGCCAUUGAAUACACCACUGUUGAUGUUCUUAAAGAAUAUGCUUCAAGUGAUGAACCAGUUUUUCUUCUGACUGGGCACAGCAUUCAUCCAGCAUAAAAUUGUGACAACAGAUUAACAUCGACCACUGCCAGCGGGGAAAGUUGAUAUAUGUUGGGACGAUGCAUUGUCAUAUAUGUUUUGUGAAUCUAUUGCACUUUAUGCAGAAUGUAGACAAAAAUAAUUUUGUUUUAAAUCCCAUUGUGUUUUGCAUAGUUGCGCAUUUGUGUUUUAUAUUAGUUGAACACUAUAUGAUUGUGUGGGACCGAUGUACACAUUAAAAUUAAGUAAAUCCAAAGGAUCUUUUUUUUUUUCAGUGUGCAUUGUAUUGUACAUUCAUGUGAUCGUCCCUUAGCAUCCAUGGCCUGAUGAUAGUCAUAUUAUUUUUUGUUCUCUUCUAGUUCUCUGCAACAGCCCUGACUGCUACGCAAGGAUGGAUGGAAACCAAACCAAAACAAAUGCAUCUCUGUGUCCAUUUAACCUCAUUCGGUGGCAUUACCUUGCAAGUUAUUGGUACAUCCUGGUCAUCUGUGUGCUUGGAAUUGUCUUUAAUGUGUUUGUGUUGACGGUUCUCUGCCUCCACAAGAAGGCCUGCACUGUGGCGGAGAUCUACUUGAGUAACCUGGCUGCUGCUGACCUCCCUUUGCUGUCUGCUUUACCUUUCUGGGCUGAACAUGCCCUCAAAGAAUUUGAGUGGCCUUUUGGUGGAAGGCUGUGCAAAAUGGUCAAUGUUUUCAUCAUCAUGAGUGGCUACUGCAGCAUCUACUCCCUCGUCCUGAUUAGCAUUGACCGUUAUUUGGCGCUGGUGUUCCCGUUGUCCCAUGAAAGGCUGCGUAGGCCACUUCUUGCCAAAGUGGGAUGUCUAAUGGUGUGGGUGUUAUCCUUUCUCCCGAGUGUCCCUCAUCUCAUCUACAUGGAUGUUAUCACAAUCCAUGGUAAUAUUACCAUAUGCAUAGUAAUUUAUCCAAAUUACGCUACAGCCGUGGGCUGUGAAAUAAUGCAAAUUAUGUUAAUAUUCAUUAUUCCUAUCUUCAUUAUUUCCUUCUACAGUCUUAAAACAUUUCAGGCUCUGAGAAAUAGGCCUAUUGAAGGCGUAAGCGUUCAGAAAAGGGCGAAGAAGGCCACUUUGCUCAUCGUGGCAGCCCUCCUGGUUUUCCUGAUUUGCUGGAUACCAUUCCACAUGAUGGCGAUAAUAUACAUAUUGGAUUAUGUUGAAGUUCUGAUGUUGACACCUAACACUACAAUCUUUAUAUACGUCUGGUACCCAAUCUUCAUUAACCUAAAGAUGUUCACCAGUGUUCUCAACCCCAUUCUCUACGUCUUUGUGGGGAAAAACUUCCGCAAAAAAGUUAAGGAAAUCAGCAAGUGUCAGAAAUGAGGAUGUCUCACACCACAUCUAAUGUGUUGCCUUUAAUAUUGUUAUAAAAAAAAAUGAAGUCUGAUCAUUGGCAUAUUUAUCUGAUUAUUUGAUCCUAAUACUGGAGGGCUGCCCCUCUCCUCCUCCGACUUUGACAAAUCAUAAUUGCUUAAGUCAUAUUUGAACGUUUUUGGAGAAUGAGAAACAACACAUUUUUUGGUAUUGGUAUUUUUUUUAUUGAUAUUGUAACAGUAAGUCAAAAAACAACUUAUAGUAUUAGGCUAACGAAAUGUUUGUCUAAAGCGAUUAACAGUAUAACCACAGCAUGUUGUUGUUGUUCGGUAUCUUAAUACUUUGUUUCAAUUGAGUCACUCUGGCUUUUGCGCUAAAUAAUGUAUGUAUAUAUGCUUUGGCCGCUUGGUGAUAGUAAUUGAAAUAUUCAUAUAUCUCCUC